GAAAAUAAACGAAUCUCUCUUUGCUCCCGAGUCCUUGUAAGGAUUCGUUCAAAACGAACGAAUCGUUCACGACCGACACUUGGCACGAUUCUCUGAGAAGCUGACGCAGUAGAAAUACCCCGUCCGAGUCGCUUUGUGGACAUCUCCCUUGUCCGGGGCGCAACACCGACACGGUCCUUGUUCUUCUGAGAGGUUCUGUGGGUGAGAACAACAGAAACAACUACACUCUGUUAGGAAUCGCAGGUCUCAAGCUCCGAUAUCGUCUGCAAUCAUGAUCAAACUGUUGUGUGUGGCGAUUGUUGCUGGAUUGGUUUUGGAGAGCAACCAGCAGAGACUGGAGCCCAGUAGACCGGAUCCCAUUAGACCGCAGCCCAAGAGACUGGAACGCUCUUUAGUGAAGCGAGAUUUACCCGUGGUCUAUCCAACCCACAUCCGAUGCUGGACAGGCUGGUUUGACAGAGAUGACCCGACUGAUACUGGAGACUGGGAAAACCUCAACAAUCUUCGUAAUGAGAACCCAGGAAAGAUCUGCCCCAAUCCAACCGACAUCGAGGCCAAAACUCUGACUGGUCUCAGUGUGGCUGCAGCCGGGGAUGUGAUUUUUGAAAGCGACAAAACUACAGGAUUCAUCUGCAAGAACGAGGACCAGGGGCCCAAUAAGAUGUGCAACGAUUAUCGCGUUCGCUUCAGCUGCCAUCCCCCGUUCUGUGGCGGAGUGUGCUGGACCAACUGGUACGACCGGGACCUUCCCUCUGGGACAGGGGACUGGGAGACUUUGAGUAACCUGAAGAAUGAAAACCCAGGACAGAUCUGUGACAGCCCGAUGUACAUUGAGGCUGUCACCACUGACACCAUGACCCCAGCCACCAGCACAGGGGAGAACUUCUCACACUACAACCCAACUGUGGGAUUCGUUUGCCAAAACAAGGACCAGACAGAUGGCGAAUGUCUCAACUAUAAAGUGCGGUUUGGAUGCCGGUGCCCAUGAUCCUUAGGCAACAAUGAGGUGCCGCAGCAAGAGAGGACCCCUUUCCAAUUUUGAUCUGCUAUGUCUUUUCUCGUUUGAUUAUAUAAUUUGCUUCUCCUGAUUGAGAACCACACAGAAAUCUGCCUUUUUCACGGUAAACUUGUGGUAAUUUUAUCAUUUAAAUCAAUAAUUUUCCUGCUGUGAAACCAAAUUUUUAUCUUUAGUAGAAAAUACCUAUUAGGUGCUUUUUCUCUUUCUUUUCCUGAUCUCGUGUGAUGACGACUGUUGAAGACAAAUCACUAGCAAUACAAUAAAAUGAUCAAAA